CUUCCCUGCAGUUAGCUUGCUUCCGGUGAGCUAACCCUACAGCUGAGCUGAAGUCAGAAACAUGGUGCUGCUUGAAAAUGAUUCGUUCCUCACAGAGCUUACACGACUCUUCCAGAAGUGCAGAACAUCAGGCAGUGUCGUCAUCACACUAAAGAAGUAUGAUGGUAGAACCAAACCAGUGCCCAGAAAGGGCCACUCGGAGUCAUUUGAACCUGCAGAUAACAAAUGCCUCCUCAGAGCGUCUGACGGCAAGAAGAAAAUUAGCACUGUGGUCAGCACCAAAGAAGUAAUCAAGUUUCAAAUGGCGUACUCCAACCUCCUUAGGGCUCACAUGGAUGGACUUAAGAAGAAAGACAAGAAAAGCAAAAGCAAGAAAACCAAAGCCACCCAAUGAGCGACAGACUCUUUAACAUAACCAUGGGUACCUAAACUGGCCUGUACAAUCUGAGGGAACUGGGGAGGGCUCCAUCUGAUCCGCAGCGCCGCUCACCUUUCUUCUCACUCAUUCGAGGCCUCAGAAUCACUGUUCAUCCACCCGGUGACUGCUUUGAUAUUAUGCCAUCGUUUGCAUGAUAGUGUCUCAUCCCCCAGCUGUCCAGUGCCAUCGAUGACUUGGAACAGAAAACCUGAGGGUUUCUCACACAAUACGAAGCAAGCCAAGUUUAUUCCGCCUCCACCUUUUCUGCUUCGGAACCAGGUUCUCUACAGCUGUGUAUCCUCUGGAGCCAAAUCCAUGGAACCCAAUAAUUAACAGCCUUUCAUACUAUUUAAUUGUAAGAGUCCCUAUUUAUGUUAUAUGAACAGCUGACAUGUAAGUUGUGUUGGCUCAUUGUGAUUCGACCAUGUCUUCAGAAGGACAUUUAAUUUUCCAUUUCUCUGAUUUUUGCUUUUUUUUUUUUUUUUAAAUGACCUUUGAAAUGUCAGCAAGGGUGCUCAGAAACACAGAACUAAAUCAGAUUUUUUUUAAAUUUUUGUCAAAUUUCACUGUAUUUUGCUCAUUAUUCUGUUUUUAUUUUACCAUUUGAAGUACAAUGAAUAUUUUUUGACCCCAUUUGUUUAUCCAUACUCACGCCAAGCUGUUAUAAUGGCUAUCUUUAAUUGUUCAACACCAAUAAAAUGUACUGUAUAGCUUCAGUUAAUGUGGUUAAGUCAAAGUUUCCGUUUCCGAAUGAUGUCAUGAUUGAGUUAAAUAGCACAAAAAUGUUCAAAGUUGUAGAUUUACUGAAAAGCAUGUUUGAGUUAUGAAUACAGGGACAAAUAAUGCCUUUUUUUGUUUAUGAUAAUUUCACGGUAGGUUUAACUACAGCCAGAACAUUUUGUGUUUCCCAUCAUGUUCCUGAGUCCUGUUGUCAUGGAAGAGGACUGCAGCAGAGUUUAAGUUCAGAAAUAAAGUGCUUUGUUAAAAGUCA